CUUCCAGUUCCACGAGCUGAUGGGAAGAGAGAAGAUGAUUUGAGAAGAGCCGUAUUUGAUGCUGUCGUACAACUGUCUGAAGUUGUAUCAGAAGAUGUUCUUAGAGUGCAGCUUCCUUUUUUACAUUGUACGUCGUGGGAUGAGGUUAUUGAAGAGCGUUUUCUCGGAAAACCACGUCUGUGUGGUUUUCCUACAUGUGCAGAAAUUGUUGAAGUGCACUUAAAGAAGCAAAAAUAUUUUAUAGACAGACAGGCUAUGAAAAUAUAUGAACAUCGCAUUGAAAGUGAUAUGUACUGUUCUCGUUCAUGCAUGCUGCGAUCGGCGUCUAUCCGAGCUCAAUUGGCUGAUGAGCCGUUGUGGCUCUCUGGUGACGUGUCGAGACGAAUGUGUAAGUUAACAAGUGAUCAUCAUAGUUACGACUAG